AUGACGACGUUGUGGUCACUACUCCUCUUGAUUCUUGGAUUUUCUAAGAUUUGUUCAGGGCUGAACAAUUGUCCAACUACUCCAAUACGAUCAGUAAUUCAGCGAGCGGCUGAAACUACCAAAGAUGCAGUGACCCAAAUGCAAAUGAUUCGGAGAAUUCUAGAAGAUAUUUACGGUGGAACGUGGGGAGUUCUUGUCAUAAGAAAUCCGGCUCUCGUUUCGAAAGAAGUUCACUGGACGUUUCCAGACCACAACAACUCGGAUGGUUCACCUGCUUUUUGUCUGGCAGUGGUUAACCAAUGGCAAUACAAUGUGUUCAAAACUGGUUCAAAUGAUUCACCACAACGAGUGACCAUUGAAAAUAUGAUUCAACGAUUCUCCUCGGGAACACUUCCUAAAAUGGGGAAACUAGUAAAUGGCAAGAAUAAAGAGAAAUUCAUGGACUUGAAUAUGGUAAAACCAGUUCCAAGACGUUACUCAAUUGCCCAGUUGGAUCAAAUGUUAUCAAAUGUUUUGGAGGAAAAUCAUCGAAUUCGACAUAACAGAUCGCCUAAACUUGUUAAUUGA